AUGUUCAUGCAGGGCCCACCAGUCUUCCCCUCCAAAGGGAGAUGCGCCUCGCGACCUCCCGGUCUUCAGGGUCCAUUACCGCAACGAGUCACCGCAUCCGCGUCACGAGGUCCCGCGAAGCGACUCGACGUAGGCACGCCGUCCCGCCCACUCGUCCUCGGAACUCCCCUCGAGUCAUCUGAACGCGCGUCGCCCACACAUGCCACGGCAAAAUCCCCUCUUUGUCACCCUUCGUCGCCCUUCGACAGCCUUCGUCGUCUUUCGAUAGCCUUCGUCGUGUCGAAUGGCCGUCUUGUCGCCUCGAUGGUGAUCAACCCACGUCGUGUGCGGUCGCGCGAGCCCCUGAUGGAGUCCAGCGCCUGA